AUGCAAGCUUACCAUGAGGCCGGUGUUAACGGUGAUAUCCCCAGGGACUACAAGGGUAAAUCAGCAAAAUUUCAAGUUCAAACUAACGCCCAACUCUUAAAUAACUUACUAGAGAGGACCAGAAGCUUGCCCAACAUUCCCAAUCCCUUGAGAAGUGGUUCUACAGCGCUUCUACUCGGUGCUGUCGAAACGAUCAUAUCUGCACCUCCAAUUGCCUGCAACUGCUCGCCAAUAUCACCUUUGCCGCCAUCAAUAUAUAUGUGGGCUCCUAGUUCCUUUGCAAACUUUUCCUUAUCAGAGCCUCUGGACAAGGCUACGACACGAUAUCCGAAUUUGUUUGCAUAUUGA